UGUAUUUUCUUGAAAAAAGCCACUAUUAAAAAAAGAGUUCAAUAGUUAUUUACAGGUAACAGAAGCCCUCAAGUACUUCCGGGGCGACUUGAGCAAAGAGGAAGAAGACGGCAGCUGUGUUGAAAGGUUUGAAACAUGGCGGCGCACACUCAGAAGAAUAACAAGUCGGGGAAACCUGGAGGAAAGGAGUCCCAGCCCCUGAUAAUCGCCAAAACUCCGGCGGAGGAACAGCGCCUGAAGUUGGAGAGAUUAAUGCGGAACCCGGAUAAGCCCGCUCCCAUCCCGGACCGGCCGAAAGAAUGGAACCCGCGAGCUCCUCCGGAGUUCGUCCGAGAUGUGAUGGGCUCCAGCGCCGGUGCAGGCAGCGGGGAGUUUCAUGUUUACCGGCAUCUCCGACGCAGGGAGUACCAGAGGCAGGACUUUCUGGACAAGAUAGCAGAUAAACACGGUGAGGACCUGAACUACCUGGAUAAGGUGGAGCAAAACAAACAAACAGCCAAGGACAGAACGGCAAAGCGCAAGAAGAAGCGGGAGAAGCUGAGGCACAAAAAGCUGAUGGCGAAGCAGGCAAAACUAGAGUCCAAAAACAAGGGAGAAGACGAAGUCGAGAAGAGCUCAGAAAGCAGUGAAGAAGACGAGGACAAGGAGGAAAGGGAGGCGGAAGAUGAUGCCGAGGCUCCCAGCUUCAUCAUGGGGAGGAAGUGAUGCCUUCUGUCUCCUGGAAGGUGACUGCCAGGACAGGGUACUGGUGUUGAUGCUCCCUGGUAGUGUCUUUGUGAGUGAUUGUUCAUGAAGCCAUGGGGAGAUGGAGACCAGAAUCGCAUAACGACCUCUGAAAUAAGCAAAAAGAAACUCAGUUGGAUCCAGUGCCCAGUACAAGACAAUGUGCUCCCUAUUCUACUUCCAGGAAAUAGCUGGAUGGACUGCCUUGUUAAAUAGUCAGGAAGCCCCUCACACAAUCUCCCAGCUGGGAAAGCGACAUGUUGAGACGCUUUCAUUUUGCUUUCCAUACUAUCUGUGAAGUAUUUGUAGUUUCAGCUAGCAGGUCAGGUGUCAUGUCAUCUGUCUUCAGGGCUUGAGUUUGCCAAAAAUGUAUCAAGUUUUCAGAAUUUGGACUUUAUUGAAUUGCUGAAUCAUUGGGGAUGCUCAUUUUAAUGUUUGGUUUUAAUAAAAAAAUGUGACUAUACAUGGACA